AUGGAUUCAACGACAACACAACAACCCACUGAAUCCUCAACAUCCACAGAUAUUUUUACCACUAAUACACAGAUGACAGAAACAUCAACUUCAGUGGCAACAGAAACAACUUCAGCAGAAAAUGAAGCAGAGUCCACAUCAAACAUAUUGUUAACACUUUCAACAACAUCAACAACAUCAACCAUAAAUGAAAUAUCAACAGAAAAACCCAGUGUUAUUUCUUCAUCUGAAGAGCCUUCAACAACAAUUUUAUCAACAUCAGUGGAAUUAUCUGAACCAUCAAUAUCCCAAACAACCGAACCCUUAGCAACAUCGACAGAGGAAGAUCAAAGCCAAAUAAUUGAAUCUACAACCCUAUCAUCAAAUUCAGCAAGCACAUCAACAGCAAAAUCAUCUACAACAACAACAAGCACAACAGAAGCUAUGGUAUCUACACCAACUGUGGCACAUGAUACAACGGAAACAUCUGAAGAAUCCACAGAAACAACAACAACAACAAAAGAACCACAUGUAAGCAGUACAGCAGUAGAAACGCCAUUUGCUACAGAAGAAUCAAUUGUCACCAGUUCAACAACAGAAUUACCAAUCAGCACAAUUACAGCAGAACAACCUGUACCUACUACAACAGAAGAAUUACCAGUAACCACAUCAACAGGACCACCUGAAACUACUACAAAAACGGAAAUACAUGUAUCAACAAAAAUAUCACCAGAAACUAUCACAACAACAGAUUCAACUUUAACAAUUACAAAUUCAAGGUUAUCAACCACCGCAACAUCAGCAGAGACUUCACAAAGUACUACAGCAAAAGAAGAACAAGCCACCACAACACCAUCAGAACCGAAAUUAACAACCUCUAAAAUAGAGGAAUCUACCACUACACCAUCAACAGAAACAUCAGAAACGACUACAACAAAAGAAGAGAUAUCCACCACAACAUCAUCAGAACCAAUCAAAACAACUUCAGAAAUAAAAGUAUCAACCACUCUAUCAUCAAUAGAAACACCAGAUACUACUACAUUGAAAGGAUAUGAAAGCACAAUAUCAACAGAAUCGCCUGUAACUACUACCAAAAUAGAAACACCAACCACAACAUCACCCACAGAGGAAUCUACUCUUUUGACAGAAGAACAAACCAAUACAACACCUUCAGAGUCAUAUGUUUCUACUUCAAAAAUAGAAGACCAAACCACAACCACAUCAUCAGAGCUGCCUGAAAUUUCUACAACAAAAGAACAACCAACCACCACAACCUCAACAGAAUCUUACAUAACUUCCACAUUAGAAACUCAAACCACCACGACAUCAACGGAAGCACCUGUUUCUACUACAAACAUCACACUAAUAACCACCAUACCAUCAACAGAAACACCAGAAUCUACUACAACAAUGAAAGUACAAACCACCACACCAUCAACAGAAACACGAGUGUCUACUUCAACAAUAGAAGGACCAACCACCAUACCAUCUAGUGAAACAUCAGAAAUUACUACAAUGAUAAAAGCACCAACCACCACACCAUCAACUGAAACAUCAGAAAGUACUACAAUGAUAAAAGCACCAACCACCACACUCUCAACAGAAACAACGGAAGCUACUUCAACAAUAGAAGCACCAACCACCACACCAUCAUUGGAACCACCAGAAACUACUACAACGAUAAAGGCAUCAACCAUCACAUUCUCAACAGAAACACCAGAAACUACUACAAUGAUAAAAGAACUUGCUACAACACCAUCAACAGAAAACCAAGAAACAACUACAACGAUAAAAUUUCCAACCACCACACCAUCAACAGAAACACCAGCAUCUUCUUCAACAAAAGAAGGAACAACCACCUUACCAUCAACAGAAACACUAAAAACUACUACAACAAUAGAAGCCACAACCACCACAUCAUCAUUAGAGACAUCAGAGACUACUACAAAGAUAGAAAUACCUACCACCACACUAUCAACCAAAACACCAGAAGCAUCUACAACGAUAAAAGUACCAACCAUGACAUCAUCAGGUGAAACACCAGAAACUACUAUAUCGAUAGAAAUACCAACUAUGACAUCCUCAACAGAAAAACAAGAAACUACUACAACGAUAAAAUCACCAACCACAACCUCUUCAACAGAAACACCGGAAACUACGAUAACAAUAGAAAAACCAACCACCACAACAGUAACAAAAACACCAGAAUUUACUUCAACGAUAGAAGCACCAACCACAACACCAUCAAUAGAAACAGCAGAAACUACUUUAAUGAUAAAAGCAUCAACCACCACAUCAUCAAUAGAAACACCAGAAACUACUACAAAUAUAGAAAUACCAACUUCCACACCAUCAACAGAAACACCAGAAUCUACUACAAUGUUAAAAGAACUUACCACACCACCAUCAACAGAAACACCAGAAACCAUUUCUACAACAGAAGUGCAAACAAUUACAACACAAACAAAUAUACCAGAAACCACUACAACAAUAAAAGCACCAACCUCAACACCAUCAACAGAAACAUCAGAAACUACUACAAAUAUAUUCAAACCAACUUCCGCACCAUCAAUGGAAACCACAGAAUCUACAAGUACGUUAGAAGCUACAACCACAAUACCAUCAUUCGAAACGCCAGAAACUACUACUAAGAUAGAAAUAUCUACCACCCCUCUAUCAACGAAAACACCAGAUAUUACUACUACAAUGAUAAAAGCACCAACCACAACACCAUCAACAAAAACAGCAGAAGCUACUUCAACGAUAAAAGCACCAACAACCACAUCAUCAACAGAAACACCUGAAACUACUACAAAUAUAGAAAUACCAACUUCCACACCAUCAAAAGAAAUAACAGAAUUUUCUACAACGUUGGAAGCUACGACCACAAUACCAUCAUCGGAAACACCUGAAACUACUACAAAGAUAGUAAUAUCAACCACUACACUAUCAACAGAAACACCAGAAACUACUUCGAAGAUAAAAGAACCAAUAACCACAAUGUCAACAGAAACACCAGAAACUACUUCUAUGGUAAAAACACCAACCACCUCAUCAUCAACAAAAAUACAAGAAUCUACUUCAACGAUAAAAGCAGCAACCACCAAACCAUCAACAGAAACACCAGAAACAACUUCGAAGAUAAAAGAACCAACCACCACAUUGUCAACAGAAACACGAGAAUCUUCUUCAACGAUUGAAGUACCAACCAUCACACCAUCAACAGAAACAGCAGAAUCUACUACAAAGAUAGAAAUACCAACAACUAAACAAUCUACAGAAAUACCAGAAACCUCUACAACGAUAGAAGCACUAACAACCCCACCAUCAAAAGAAACGCAAGAAACUACUUCUACAAUAGAAGUACCAACAAUUUCAACAUCAACAAAAAUACCAGAAACAACUACAACAAUUAAAGCACCAAUCACUACACCAUCAAAAGAAACACCAGAAUCUACUACAUCGUUAGAAGCCACAACCACAACACCAUCAUUGCAAACACAAGAAACUACUAUAAAGAUAGAAAUACCUACCUCCACACUUUCAACAGAAACACCAGAAACUAGUACAACGAUAAAAGAAUCAACCACAGCAUCAUCAGGUGAAACACCAGAAACUACUUUCACGAUAGAAAUACCAACUAUGACAUCCUCAAUAGAAAAACAAGAAACUAUUACAACGAUAAAAUCACCAACCACAACACCAUCAACAGAAACACCAGAAACUACUACGCAGAUAGAAAAACAAACAACCACAACAGCAUCAGAAACACCUGAAUCUACUUCAACAAUAGAAGCCACAACCACAAUACCAACAAUGGAAACACCAGUAACUACUACAAAUAUAGAAAUACAAACCUCUACACCAUCAACAGAAACAACAGAAGCUACUUCAAUGAUAGAUGUAGACACCGACACACCAUCAACAGAAACACCAGAAACAACUUCUACUUCGAAGAUAAAAGAACCAACCACCACAUCAUCAACAGAAACACCAGAAACUUCUUCAAUGAUAAAAUCACCAACCACCACACCAUCAACAGAAACACAAGAAUCUACUUCAACGAUAAAAACACCAGCGACAACACUAUUAAUAGAAACACCAGAAUCUACUUCAACGAGGAAAGCCCCAACCACCACACUAUCAACAAACACUCCAGAAACUACUUCAACAAUAAAAGUACCAACCAUCACACUGUCAACAGAAACACCAGAAUCUACUUCAAUGAUAGAAGCACCAACCAUCACAUCAUCAACAGAAACACCAGAAUACACUUCAACAUUGAAAAUACCAACCACCACAUCAUUAACAGAAACACCAGAAUCUUCUUCAUUGAUAAAAACACCAACCACCACACUAUCAACGGAAACACCAGAAUCUACUUCAACGAUAGAAGCACCAACCACCACACCAUCAACAGAAACACCAGAAUCUACUUCAACUACAAAAGAACCAACCGCAACGACAUCAAUGGAAACUCCAGAAACUACUACAAAUAUAGAAAUAUCAACUUCCACACCAUCAGCAGAAUUAACAGAAUCCAUUACUAUCAAAAAAGCACCAACUACCGUACUAUCAACAGAAACAACAGAAACUACUACAAAGACAGAUAAACAAACCACCAUACCAUCAACAGAACUACCGAACAUAGAAUCAUCAACCACCACAACACCAGACACCACUACAAGGAUAGAUGUGUCAAUUACCACAAUAUCAACAGAAAAACCGAACGUAGAGUCCACAACCUCAGAGUCAACAAAACCAGAAGCAACAACAUUGCUUAAGGAAUCAUUAACAACCACUGGCUCCACAGAAGCCUGGAUACCCACAAUGUCGAAAGAAACAACAACAACAACCCCAAUGCCGACAGCAGCUUCGACAUCCGACGAUAGCAUUUCCACCAAAUCUACCGGUGAAGUAUAUUUCUCUUCAACAAAUACUCCAACGAUUACAUCAUCGACGGUAGAGGUGCAAACAGCUGAAUUAGGGGCCUCAUCUACAUUAACAGAAAUCCUUUUUACGACCGAGGCACCAGCGAACAAAUCGAGUGAGAUCCCACCAUCCACUGCUAUACCCACUGAAGUUUACAGGACUACUGUGAUGGAAGGCCAAUCUACUGUCAAUUCCAAUAAAGAAGAAUCUACAUUAACAGUGAAGUCGACAAAUGGAAUUGAAUCAACAACAGUAGAUUCAAAGAGAAGUUCGACAGAAACAACUAAUUACUCAAAGGAAAUUGACUUCACCAUAGCAUCAACUCAAAAAGACACAUCAAGUACAUCUGAAAAAGCAACUACAAAUGUUUCACAGACAACCACAACUUUUGUCGAUUCAACAACAGAUGAAGCCAUGUCAACUCUUUUCAGUAUUCAACAAGCUACAACAGCUUACCCAACACCACUGACAGAAACUGAUUUGAUGACGGCAUCAAAAAUUCCUACUACUGAGUCAAAUCGUAGAGAAGAACAAGAAUCUACAACUUUGACAACAAUAAUAAAUCAGUCUGAUAAAACGACUGAGGAAUCUAAAACUACAAUUCCAAAAGAAUCUCCUCCAACUACAUCAUCAGAUGAAAAGUCUACCAUAACAGAAAUUUUUACAGUUCCAAAUACGUUAACAACUGAUCACACGCCGAGCAUUAUUGAUUCUUUCGACGGGACCACAUUAACAAGCACUGAUGAAAACACUAGUACUGAGGAAAGUACAAAUUUAAUGGGAGAGACCACACAGAAAGGGGACAUCUCUUCAACAGAAGCAAUGACAUUGCAAGAUCUCACAACUGUUAAUGAAAUAAAAACUUCUGAAUCAUUCACAAGUUCUGCAAUGUUAACCACUAGUAAUAUCCCAACUUCAACAGAAAGUGAUUCAGUAAACACGAUAACAUCACCACAAACGGCAGCUACGGAUAUUACUUCCAAAGUGGCAACAUCUACAAAAAUUGAAUCAACAACAAUAAGUCCAGAAUUCAAUUCAAAUAGUUCUACAGCUUCAGCUGGAAUAACUUCUGUUGAUGUCACUGAGACUUUUGCAACAGAAAGCACACCAGUGGUAGAAGACAUAUCUACCACCAGGAAUAUUGAUGAAACUUCUACAAUAUCGAUUCCCAAAACAACUUCCAUAGAGGAUGAAAUAACCAAGACUUUCACAUCAACCACUCUCGGGAAUGAAGGUAAUACAGCUGAAUUAAAUUUUUCAGAUACGUCUGAGAAAUACACAACGACAAUGCAACUACCUUCCUCAGAUCCUCCUUAUAUAACAACAAGCACAGUAACUAACAGACCAACAGAUACCACAGAUAGUAAAACAACAGUUCCAUCAACAACUUUUACAAGAAAUCCAAUAAACAAUACUGAAAGUUUAAUUUUAACAACCACAGAUAAAGCGAGAAGUUCCACUCAAACAGAACAUACGGCGGUAACAGAAGAAUUGACAACACUGGCAACUAAGGUCAAAAGCACUACAGAAGAGGAUACCUUUAUGCUAACGUCCAGAGGUAAUACAGAAGCAUCUGAAACAAGUACUUCUGCUAACACAUUCUUGAAUGAUAAUAUUACAAGUGCAUUUUCUAUCACAGACAUGAAAACCACUACCACUGAUUCGACAGAAACAGAACGUUUUACAAUAGAAGAUAAUACAAACACGAUGCCCUCAACAAGUAAAUCAUCUACAGAUAGUGGAAGUUCAGUCAAUGUUACAUCACCCGUUUCAACAUCAGGUGCAACAGAAAGUAUAUCGGUGCCAGAAGAUUCAACCACUACUAUGAUGCUAACAAGAAAGACUACCACUGAUGACACAACUUUUCCGGAAACCACGACCCUCGUUGAUGGUACAUCAAGUUACCCUUCAACUUCGUCUGAAAUGGAUAACAAUAAACAGACUAUUUCAACCACUGAAGGUAAGACAUCUCCAAUUAAUAGUGAAACAUCAUCACACACAUCAUUUGUCAGUUCUUUGGCUAGCAUAAAUACCAAGAGUACAACACCCUCUGCUCCUCUUACUGACAAUCACAAAACAACAGUGGCCAGUUCGACAACAUCUGAAAAUGUUGAACUUUCUUCGAUUGCUGAAGGAAAAAUAACUUCUUUAGAAAGUUCUACAACUAAGAUUCACUCAACAAAUUCUGACGACAUUACUAAUACUCUAUCUGCAAUAACAACCGGAAGUUCUGUGGUUGAAGAAAUAAGUGACAACACAGUUUCAUCAAGUAAAGAUAGUACAUAUGUGUAUAAAUUAACAACACCAACUGAAAAUGAUCAGUUCAGCACAGCAAAUUCACCCUCAUCUACAGCCAAAAUAAAUUUGUCUAGUCCAACUACCACUGUUCAAAGUUCAACAACAACUAGUUUUGAUUCAAAAAUUCCAACAGGCGAAACAAACAAUUAUGAAAAGACAACAGAAGAUAUUGUAAACGGUACAACUUCGGAAAGUGCAGAUCUUUCAAUUACACCAACAUUAUCAAGUGCUACAAACACACAUAUACCAACAACAGACAAAACGACAUCCACAACCCAUAUAGAUCUUGGGUCAGACACUACAUCUUUAUCUACUGCUGCCAGUACUCUAUCUACGGAUAUAUCAAGCAAUGUCCCAAGUUCAUCGACAACAUAUUCAACUUAUAUACCUACGGAGAACUCCCCUAAAUUCCAAUCGACCGACAUCACACAUAAUACGAACACAAUGACAAAAAUUGUACCAUCCAACGAUAUAUCAACAGAUACACACACACCUGCUGAUGAAAAUACAGCUUCAAUUAGCACACCAUAUUCAACAUUGCAUACAUCCACACCGGCAUAUAGUUCAACAGUCAAAUUUAAAACAUCUACAGUUACGGAAACCUCAAAUAUUGAUGACGUAUCAAACGCCAGCACAGAUAGUAUGAAUACUGAUAGUAUGAUGGCUACUACUGAUAGUACGCUCACACAAACACCAACAAAGACCACUGUGACAGAGACAAACGUAGAUGAAAUGACAACAAUAAGUAGCAGGAUUACUGAUAUUCAGAGUAAAACAACAGAUUCAUCAACAACUAACAUAGCCACAAGUCCCACCAAGAUAGAACAAAUUCAAAACAAUAUGACAACCCAAAUGGAUAUCACACCUACUACAACCACAGAUGAAAGUGCUACUACUGAUAAAGGAACAAGUAGUGAUAUUUCUAGUACAACAACUUACAAACCAACCAAUACUAAAGAAACAAACACUGAAAAACUGGAUAGCACAACAACAAAUAAUGCAGAAAGCAUACGUACAUUCAAUACAGGAUCUACAAUAUCGGAUAGUUCAACAAGUAAAACACAAACGUCAGAGAGUACAACGAAGGACGAUUCUUUCGAAACACAAACGUCCGAAGGAACAAAAAUACCAGAACCUAUUUUAACAAGCAAAAGCUCGACUAAUACCACAUCAGCAUCUCUGGAAAGUCAGAAAUUUUCGACAAUAACAACAGUGAUACUUGAAGCCUCUCUAAAACCUUCUAAUGAAACUUAUUCCACUGAAAAUUGGUUUUCGACUUCAGAAACUCCGAGUUCAAAAUUGUUUGAUACUACAAGUACCAAAGAGACAGCAACUCCAGAUGUGUCCACCACAACUGAAAAAGCUUCUACAAUAUCAGCAAAGGAAUCUUUUUUCACCUCAGAUUCUACACCAACAAUCACAAAUGCCUCUAUCACCUCGAUGCCCUUUAUAUCCACCACCACCAUUGCCACUUCUACGACUUUAAAACAAGAAGAACCCACGACGAUACAAAAUCUCCUUACCUCAAUGGUUAGCAAUGUAUUAACCACAACAGCUAACAGCGGGAAGCCCACAACACUGGGGAUUUUGACGACAACAACGACGAAGGCCCCUACCGUGAUUGCAGAAGAAGAUGAAGUGGCAGGCGUAAUAAAGAUUGAGGAAGAUUUUGAUGAGGCGUUGCGCGAUCCAACUUCUGACGCUUAUCAGCGGAAAGUUGAAGAGAUAUUAGCUUUGCUUCAGAAACUUUUUGCUAAUACUGAGAUUGCCAAAUAUAUCGCCAACAUCAGGAUAGAAGGUUUUAUGGAAGGCAGUCUCAUCGUGAAAUUUAAAGUAGUCUUGAUAAAUGUACAUUUUGAUGCUUCAUAUCUGAGAACAACGCUGAACAGUGCUUACUAUGCAAGCUUUGAGCCUCAAUAUGUACUUAAAGAUGAGUUUACACAAUUCUCAGUUGACGGUGGAUUUGAAACCAUACUGGGACAGACUGAAACUACAACAAGUGGUAAGAAUGAGGAAAUCUCUCAAAAACUUAAUUUAUAUUGUAGAGGUUAUAUGGUAAUUGGUGUCUUGUGA